AUGAUCCGCGCAUGUGUUUUCCUUUGCAUUUUGGCAUUUGCCGUAUCUGAUUACGAUAAGAAAUACGAUUAUGGCGCCAAUAUUUACCGUCCAGGAGGGUUUGGUGGAGGAAAUCUUGGAUUAAGUGGUCUUGGCGGGGGAAAUCUUGGAUUAAGUGGUCUUGGCGGAGGACAAUUUGGAUUUAAUCGUAUUGGCGGAGGAAAUGUUGGAUUAAGUGGUAUCGGCGGAAAGAAUCUUGGAUUAAAUCUUGGCGGAGGUCUUGGCAGAGGUCUUGGCGGAGGAAACGUUGCAUUAGGUGGUCUUAGCGGAGGGAAUCUUGGAUUAAGUCUUGGCGGAGAAAAUUUUGGAUUUAGAGGUAACUUUGGUGGACUCCAAGUGACAAGACGUUCAUCUUUUGGGCCAGGAAGUGCAGCCUCGGCAAGUGCUGCUUCUUCUGGUGGAUCUGCUGCUGCUUCAGCUGCUGCAUCAUCUCCAUCCUUAGGUGGCUCAAUAUUCCCAGGAAGGGUUAACUCUUUUCCCCAACCGUACAGAUUUCCUGAACAAUAUGGCUUUCCUGGUGGACAAUACAACUUUCCUGGCGGACAAUACAACUUUCCUGGCAGACAAUAUGGAUUAACCGGACAAUAUGGCUUUUCUGGACAAUAUGGCUUCCCCGGACAAAUCGGCUUUCCUGGACCGUUCAACUUUCCUGGUCAACAACCUCAGUACGGGAUCAGUCCUCUCCCCAAGAGAAAGGUUUAUUAAAGAAUAUUCGGAUAAGCACCCACUAGACAAUGGAUCAUUGGAUACACAAUGUUAUUGUUGAUUUCGGUUACUUGUUGGGGUUUUUCAAUAAAUAUUACAUGAACAUUCUU